AUGUCUAAAACACCUCAGAAGGGAGUAGAUGACAUAAGUCAGCAGGUAUCCAAAGCCUCUAAGGAUACAAUUCUUAUAUCGUCAAGUAAGAUGAUAGGCUCUCGGGCUGUAAGUUCAAUUGCUAAACCCAUUACCAUGACCCAAAGGGGUAUUUCCAAAUCGGUAUCAUCUAUAAGACAUAAUAUGCCAUCGAAUACACUGAUUAAAGGUCCAACAACUUUGGUCGGUAAUGUAUUAAAGGAUGUAGUUCCUAGUGUCGCAAAAAAACCGUUAGAGGAGGAAGAAGAUGAUAUUGCCAAAUCAAAAUAUAUGAUGCGAAGUAUAGCAGGGCUACUAGGUACAGCAAGUGUUUACGCAGGUAUGGAAAGUGCACAGGUGAUUAAUGAUUUGACACAACAAGUAAGUCACGAUCUGUCCCUAAAGAGUAAUGAACCAAUGUCACAGUACCAGAAACCUCCAAUAGAAAGAAAGCCUACUUUAUUUGAAAUAUCUGUUGAACCAAAUGAACAGGAAACAGUAGAAAAUAAUAUAGAAUCAAAUGAUCACAGUGACGAAGUUUCAUUACAUAAGGCUCUCGAAGAAAAGAUAAUUAAGGAAGAGACCUCGAAAUAUUCAAUAUUCAAAACAUUGAGAAAAAAAUUUAAACUAAAAGAUGAAGAUAUUAUGAUUUAUGACUCCACAGCUUGGUUGCUAAAGGAUGUAUUAAUCCAAGGUUACAGUUUUAUUACAUUGCAUCACUUCUUAUUUUUUGCAUAUCUACCAAAACCAACAGGUCAAGUUCAAAUGACAGGUAAUAUUAAUCUAAAAUCAACUUUAAGAGGUGUGACUAGAUAUUGGUGUGUAUUGAAGGACAAUUUAUUAUCUCUGUAUUCUAGUGUUAGCGAAGUUUAUUUCCCACUGGUGACCAUUGACAUGAACGAUGUUUCGAAGAUAGAACUGAAGAAAAGUGAUUCAGAUCCUAAAAGUUUCAGUAGUACUUUCAAAGUAACGACAAAGGAAAAAACGUUUGUCUUUAUUGCCGAUUCGCCUCAAUCGGCGAAGUCAUGGUAUAAUACUAUAAAGAGGCAGCAAUUCGCAGUGUAUAAUAAGGGAAAAAAUCAUAUUAGCUUGAAGAUACCUCUUUGUAAUAUUCUAGAACUCGAUGAUGAAGAAAUCAUUAAUCAAUCUGUUACUUUGGUUGUGAAAGCAUUAGAAGGCCAAUUCUCAUAUGCUGUAGAUGAUUAUAUUUUUAUGUUCCUGGACAGUUCCGGGUCAAUUGUGAAACAGAAAUUACAAGAACAGUUAACCAAGCUUUCUGAAAGUGGUGUAGUAAUUGCAUACCAUUCUGCUACAUCUGAAGUAACAAACAAUAAUUUCAUCGAUACCCAACUGACUGGUGGUGAUGGUGAUAACAAUACCGAGGACAAGUUAGAUAAGGUGCAUUCUUCAAGCCCCACCAAAGAUUCCCCAUCUACAGAAAGCGAUUUGAGUUCUCCAAUCAGUUUUCCAACUUCUGAAUCUAAAACAACCUUACUACAAAAACCUAUAUCUAAAAUUAAUAGAAUUAGAUCCAGAAGUGGUGAUUGGAUUCAUAAUACAAGACCUGUCUCAUUUCUACUUAAUAGAAAUAGGGAGGAUACAAAAGUGGAAGAAAAUGUUGUCAUCGAGAGUGUAUCUGAUAUGCCUACUACCGAAUCAUCUAAUGAUCCGAAAUUAAUUAGAGCAGUUACAAAUGAAGAUAUAAAGCAAAUAUCACACUCAAAAAGAGAACAUAUACAAGAUUGGACUACAAAACCGUUGAAAAAUCUAACGGAUAUGUGGAAAGCUAAACCACAACAUUAUGAGAACAACUGUUACAUAUUUAAAGAACAUGAGAAGAAAGAGGCCAAUUAUAUUAGCGGAAAAGAUGCAAUUGAAGCCAAUAAGCGGUUUGUUAAUCACUUCAAGUUAGUGAAGGAGAAGAAAUUACUUUCCACUUAUUAUGGCUAUUUAAACAAAAAUGUACCUACCUAUGGAAAAUUAUAUCUUGCGGACAACGUGUUAUGCUUCAGAUCUUUAAUACCUGGAUCACAUACAACAAUGAUUCUUCCAAUUUCAAAGAUAGACACCUGUUAUACAGAGAAGAGUUUUAGAUUUAGCUAUUUUGCAUUAGUAUUAGUAGUACGUGGCCAUGAAGAAUUAUUUAUAGAAUUCUAUACGGAGGCGUCUCGUAAUGAUAUGGAAUCUAUAUUGUUAGACCGCAUCUCAAGUCUAAAUGAUCAGUUUGGCUCUGAUUCUCAAAAUUUACUAAAUGACACACUAGUCAGUACCGACGCAUUUAUCGAAAAUAACCCAAGCUCAGCAAAGUUGAAAUUCUUUGAGGAUAAAAUAUCUGCGAAUGGGUUUAAUGUACCCCUUUUAAUAGAUCAAAAUCCGAACGUGAAGGUGAGUAUCAAAACAAAGAGACAAUACCAAAUUGGUUUACUCACAAUAGGCUCUCGAGGAGAUGUGCAGCCUUACAUUGCACUAGGUAAGGGAUUAAUUAAGGAGGGCCACAUAGUCACUAUAAUCACUCACGAGGAGUUCCGUGGGUUUGUCGAAAAACAUGGAAUUAAAUUCAAGAGCAUUGCUGGUGACCCAGCGGAACUGAUGUCUCUCAUGGUGGAGCACGAAUCAAUGAAUAUAGGUAUGUUACGUGAAGCAUCUAAAAAAUUUGGUGGCUGGAUAAAAGAAUUAUUGGAAACUUCGUGGAUUGCUUGUAAAGACGAAAAGUUUGACAUAUUGAUCGAAUCUCCAUCUUGUAUAUCUGGUAUUCAUAUUGCCGAAGCUCUAAGAAUUGCCUAUUUUAGGGCAUUUACCAUGCCUUGGACAAGAACAAGAGCAUAUCCUCAUGCAUUUGUUGUACCAGAUAAAAAAAGAGGAGGAAAUUACAAUUAUCUGUCCUAUGUUCUUUUCGAAAAUAUUUAUUGGAGGGGAACUAGUGGAGCUAUCAAUAAAUGGAGAACAGAAAAACUAGGUUUGGGGAAAACAAGUUUAGAACAACUUCAACAAAACAAAGUUCCGUUUUUGUAUAAUGUAUCACCAACAAUCUUUCCGCCAUCAGUAGAUUUUAACGAAUGGGUCAAAGUAACGGGUUAUUGGUUUUUGGACGAACAAUUAAACUAUACUCCCCCAAAAGAGCUUACAGACUUCAUUCAAAGGGCAAGGAAAUUAAAGAAAAAAUUAGUCUACAUCGGCUUUGGAUCAAUUGUUGUCUCAAAUGCCAGUGAAAUGACGAAAGCAUUGGUCGAGGCCGUAGUAAGUGCUGAUGUUUAUUGUAUUCUCAAUAAGGGUUGGUCUGAAAGACUUAAUGAUAAGUCGGCAAAAAUUGUAGAAAUAGAAUUACCAGAUUGUAUAUUUAACUCAGGUACGGUUCCUCAUGACUGGCUGUUUCCUCAAUUAGAAGCGGCAGUUCACCAUGGUGGCUCAGGAACAACUGGUGCCACUUUAAGAGCUGGCCUACCAACUAUUAUUAAGCCUUUCUUCGGUGAUCAAUUUUUCUAUGCUAACAGAGUAGAAGAGAUUGGUGUUGGCGUGGCGUUGAGACAUUUUAACACAAAAGCAUUGUCAGAGGCUCUUAUAGAGAUAACCACAAAGAACAAAUACAAAGAAAAGGCAUUACUGAUAAAGAACCGAAUACUAAAGGAGGAUGGGGUGGCAACAGCUAUUAAUUGUAUUUAUGGCGAAUUAGAAUAUGCAAGGAGUUUAAUAUAUGCGAAAAAUCCACCCAGCUCAAAAAUACCUGCAAUUGAAAGUCAAGCUUUGACAUCAAUGAACAAGGAUGACGAUCCUAACAUUGACCAAGACAAAUCUAAUUAUGCCAUGAUCGGAGGCAAUUCCGACAAAGAUUCUUGGGUUGUGUUGUGA